UAAUUAAGCGGUAUGAGAUAGCUCACAGCUUGCAAACAUUUCAUUAAUUAGCUAGCUAGAGAGACAGGGAGAAAGAGGGAGAGAGAUCAAGACUUUACGUUUUUGGUUCGAGUGAGUUUAGUUGUGUUUGCAAAAAUGGCCAUUCACCAGUCAUGGGCUUUUGCCUUCGGCCUUCUAGGCAACAUCAUUUCAUUCAUGGUUUACCUUGCUCCACUGCCAACAUUCUAUCAGAUAUACAAGAAGAAAUCCAGUGAAGGUUUCCAAUCAGUUCCUUAUGUGGUUGCACUCUUCAGUUCAAUGCUGUGGAUAUACUAUGCGAUGGUUAAGAAGGAUGCAAAUCUCCUGAUUACCAUAAAUUCGGUUGGCUGCCUAAUCGAAUCCAUCUACAUCGUGCUGUUCAUAUUUUAUGCAACCAAAAAGACAAGGAUACAAACUGUGAAGCUUCUUCUCCUGUUAAAUCUUUUUGGGUUCGGCCUGAUGGCUCUCCUCACUCACUUCCUAGCAAAGGGUGCAAAACGUAUCUUAGUUCUUGGAUGGAUUUGUCUGGUAUUCAACCUUGGUGUAUUUGCUGCACCUCUCUGUAUCAUGAGACAAGUUAUGAGAACCAAGAGCGUCGAGUAUAUGCCAUUCCCUUUAUCCUUCUUUCUAACCUUGGGUGCUGUGGCGUGGUUCUUUUAUGGCCUUUUUCUCAAGGACUACUACAUUGCUCUUCCAAAUACAGUGGGCUUUAUCUUCGGCAUUGCUCAGAUGGCGCUCUAUCUAAUUUACAAGGACGCGAAGAAGGUUUCGGAGGAGCCGAAGCUGCAUGUACCCGAACACAUAGUUGAUUUGGUUAAGCUUAGCACAAUUGUAUGUCCUGAAAUGAAUACCAUUGUUCAGCUUUCAAAGGCAAGCGAUAAUGAAGCAAUUGGAGAUCCCGCUGAAAAAGAAAAGGCCCAAGAAAGCAAGGAAGACAUGAAUGAAACGAUUAAAGCUUGAGAAAUAUUAAAGAAAAUGCAUUCAUGAUGCAUAUAUGGUUUUUAAUUUGCUGUAUUAAUUUAGUUUUGCUAAUUUUGUAAUCGCGUCGUACGUAGUUAGUUAGUAUCUUAAUUUAUGCAUGUGUAGUUUGGUGUGCAUGUUUCUCAUGAUGUCAAGGCCGGGUUUGGUAACUUUGGUGUACAUCGUCUCUCCCAUAUUGUCCCUCUCAAGAAGCACCUAUUCUAAUUAACGUAAUCCAGUACUCUUC